AUGAGUGCGAGACUUGCGGCACUAGAUGGCAUCGAAAAAUCUGUGCGUUUGGCGCGGCAGUACGCAAUGGAGUCAAACUACGAUGUCGCCGUGGCCUUUUACGCGGGGCUUGAGAAGGAUCUUGAGACGUGUGUACAGUGCACCGGCAAUGCCAAGGAUCGGGCCAGCUGGGCGUUGCUGCAGGAAAAGAUUGCGGAGGAGUGUUCGCUGGUGCGCUCCUUGCAAGUGGAACUGAAGGCUCUCGUGAACCCGGCCGAUGCGGCGCGGCUUGACCGCGUGCAAAGAGAGGAGGAUGACACUCACACGCCAGCGCAGAUAUCGUCUCCGCGAUCAAUUCCGAUACGUGGCGUGGCCCCUGUGAGUGCGGCAACCACACGACCUGCUCGUCCUACCGCAGUGCGCGAGAAGGCGUCAUCACUCUCCUCCUUGUCUUCGCCAGUCCCGCAAGAUCUAGCGAAUGCCCCUGGGGCGAGGAAUGAAGCGCUGUAUGGCGACAAGGAUCGCUUUGGCCCGGCUGAAGGACCUAUUAGAAAGCAAAGAGCAGGUGGGGUGCAACGGGCACCCCUCCGCUAUAGUCCACCAAAGAACAAAAGCCAAUUUUACUCAGCAAGUAGCACGUCCAACCCAUCCCCUCCUCCUCCUCGCCAACCAGUCAAGGCCAAGGUGGUUACGCGACGUGUGGUGAGAGAGAAUGAGGGCGGGCAAAAACGUCAGAGUUUGCGGGCCUCCGUUCCACGCUUUUCUCCACGCACGGGGGAAGAGGAACUGGUCUCGCUGAUUGAGUCAGACAUGCAUGUUGGACCCAUAAGUGUGUCAUGGGACGAUAUAGCUGGCUUAGAGGAGGCGAAGGGGUUGCUUGAGGAGGCCGUUGUGUAUCCCGUACUUAUGCCAGAGUACUUUCAGGGCAUUCGCCGUCCAUGGAAAGGGGUUUUGUUGUACGGUCCGCCAGGAACCGGGAAAACAAUGCUUGCCAAAGCCGUUGCAUCUGAGUGUACUACAACAUUUUUUAAUAUUUCUCCUGCCACGCUGACCAGCAAGUGGCGUGGUGACAGUGAAAAACUUAUCCGAGUUCUCUUUGAGAUGGCACGGCACUAUUCUCCAAGUACAAUUUUUAUUGACGAAAUAGACUCGCUAUGUGGUCAGCGUGGCGACAGCAGCGAACAUGAGGCCUCACGUCGUGCGAAGGGAACAUUGCUGGCGCAGAUGGACGGCGUCGGCGUUGACCCCAGGAAAAUAGUCAUGGUGUUGGGCGCCACCAAUCAUCCAUGGACCAUUGAUGAGGCAAUGCGUCGGCGCCUAGAGAAGCGUAUCUACAUCCCUCUUCCUGACCUUGACGACCGCAUGGAGUUGUUCCGGAUUAACACCAAGUCCCUUAGUCUGUCCCCCGACGUCGACUUUGUGCACCUGUCCAAGAUGCUGGAGGGGCGUCACUAUAGCUGUGCCGACAUCACCAAUUUGGUGCGUGAUGCGGCCAUGAUGACAAUGCGACGUCUGAUGGAAGAGAUGGACAAGUCCGAGCUCAAGCGACGAGCGGCGGAGAUAAGCAAACUUGUGGCGGAGCAACCCAUCACAAUGAAGGAUUUCUUGGGUGCAGUGAAGAAUGUUCCCAGCAGUAUCAACGCUGAGCAAAUCAAGAAGUUUGAGUCAUGGAAGAAGGAGUUUGAGACAAAUCCAUAG